CGGGGCGGAGCGCAGCGCAGCCGGUGCCAGGCUCCGGCGCCCACGGCCGCCGUUCCGAGCCACCGGCCACAGCCGAUUUCCCCCACCGAGGCCGAGGCGCCCCGGAGCCAUGGCCGUCCAGAACUGCUGGGUCACAAUCGCGCUGCUGGGGGUCCAGCUGCUGGGUGCCGUGCUCCUGCCGCGCGGAGCGGGAGUUUCUGAGAUUGCCCUGCCGCACGGAAGUGGCAUUACGGUUUUCAUAAAGCCUGGGACCUCACCCCUGGGACCCCUGCCACUGAAGCCCUGUUACAUCAAUAGUUAUAAAAAACAUAAAACUUCAUUGACCAUCAAAUCUGGAGAAAAAGAGGUCUUUUCCUUCACCUGCCAUGACCCAGAGAAGCACUUUGUCAUUGAGAUCCAGAAGAAUAUCGACUGCAUGUCAGGCCCCUGUCCGUUUGGGGACGUCCAGCUUCAGCCCUCAAUAUCGACGCUGCCCACCCUCAACAGAACCUUCAUCUGGGACGUCAAAGCUCACAAGAGCAUUGGUCUAGAGCUGCAGUUCUCCACCCCUCGCCUGAGGCAGAUUGGGCCCGGGGAGAGCUGUCCAGAUGGAGUCACUCACUCCAUCAGCGGCCGCAUUGAUGCCACCACAGUCAAGAUCGGGACCUUCUGCAGCAACGGCACGGUGUCCCGCAUCAAAAUGCAAGAAGGGGUGAAAAUGGCCUUACACUUGCCCUGGUUCCACAAGCGGAACAUCUCCGGCUUCAGCAUCGCAAACCGGUCUUCUAUAAAACGACUGUGCAUCAUAGAAUCUGUGUUUGAGGGUGAAGGCUCGGCAACGCUGAUGUCUGCCAACUACCCAGAUGGCUUCCCUGAGGACGAGCUCAUGACUUGGCAGUUUGUCAUCCCCGCGCACCUGCGGGCGAGCGUCUCCUUCCUCCACUUCAACGUCUCCAACUGUGAGAAGAAGGAGGAGCGGGUUGAAUACUACAUCCCGGGCUCCACCACCAACCCUGAGGUAUUCAGGCUGGAGGACAAGCAGCCCGGGAACAUGGCCGGGAACUUCAACCUCUCUCUGCAGGGCUGUGACCAAGAUGCCCAAAACCCAGGGGUCCUCCGGCUGCAGUUUCAAGUUUUGGUCCAACAUCCACAAAAUGAAAGCAAUAAAAUCUACCUGGUCGACCUGAGUAACGAGCAAGCCCUGUCGCUCACCAUCGAGCCGCGGCCCGUUAAGCUUAGCCGCAAGUUUGUCCCCGGCUGCUUCGUGUGUCUGGAGUCCCGCACCUGCACCACCAACCUCACCCUGACGUCCGGCUCCAAACACAAGAUCUCCUUCCUCUGUGAUAACCUGACUCGCCUGUGGAUGAACGGGGAGAAAACCAUAAGCUGCAUGGACCCCCGGUACUGCCACAGGAGGUCCCAAUCCCUCCAGGUGCCUGGGGACAUCCUCCAGCUGCCUGUUCAGCUGCACGACUUCUCCUGGAAGCUGCUGGUCCCCAAGAACAGGCUGAGCCUCGCGCUGGUACCCGCCCAGAAGCUCCAACAGCACACGCAGGAGAAGGUCUGCAACACAAGCUUUGGCUACCUGGUGGCCAGCGCUGUCCCCGGCCAGGACCUUUACUUUGGCUCCUUCUGCCCCGGAGGCUCCAUCAAGCAGAUCCAGGUGAAGCAGAACAUCUCAGUGACCCUCCGCACCUUUGCCCCCAACAUUCAACGAGAGGCCGCCAGGCAGGGUCUGACCGUGUCCUUCAUACCGUACUUCAAAGAGGAAGGUAUUUUCACAGUGACUCCAGACACAAAAGGCAAGGUCUACCUGAGGAGCCCUAACUGGGACCGGGGACUGCCAUCCCUCACAUCCGUGUCUUGGAACAUCAGUGUGCCCAGCAACCAGGUGGCCUGCCUGACCUUCCUCAAGGAGAGGACCGGCGUUGUCUGCCAGACGGGACGUGCAUUCAUGAUCAUCCAGGAGCAGCGGAGCAAGGCAGAGGAGAUCUUCAGCCUGGAGGACGAGGUGCUCCCCAAGCCAAGCUUCCACCACCACAGCUUCUGGGUCAACAUCUCCAACUGCAGCCCUGUUAGUGGCAAGCAGCUGGACCUGUUCUUCUGGGUAUCACUUACCCCAAGGACUAUGGACCUGACUGUCGUCAUCAUUGCGGUCGUGGGAGGUGGCGCCUUACUGCUGUUUGCCCUCGGACUCAUCAUUUGCUUUGUGAAAAAGAAGAAAAAGAAGGAAAACAAAGGCCCACCUGUAGGCAUCUACAAUGGCAACAUCAACACCCAGAUGCCAAUGCAGCCAAAAAAGUUUCAGAAAGGUCGAAAGGACAGUGACUCCCACGUGUAUGCUGUCAUCGAUGACACCAUGGUGUACGGACAUCUCCUACAGGAUUCCAACGGCUCCUUCCUGCAGCCAGAGGUGGACACCUACCGGCCCUUCCAGGGGCCCACAGGGGACUGCCCCCCCUCCCCACCCUUGGUAUGCUCCAGGGCCCCAACCGCAAAGCUGACCACAGACGAGCCAUCUGCUGGCUUCCCUGCUGAGUCUGACAGUGAGCCAUAUACCUUCUCCCACCCCAACAACGCGAACACAGACAUUCCCUUGCUGGACACCCAUGAGCCAGAGGGGUCUGGGGAGUAACUUGGACCCAUCCUGAAGACUUUGCCUAAAACAGGGGUCUCAAGCAGAAAUCCUAAAGAGGAAUUACAUGGAAGGAACAGCAGGAGGUUCUUCAGGAUGCCACUGACCUCCAAGUCCCAAGUGGACUCAUUCCAAUGAUGGGAUGUUGAAAGUGAUGAAUUCCAACCUGGAUACAAUCGUCACAGUCCAUGUCCUUCUAAACUCAGGUUGAGUUGUAAACCAGCCCGUAAUGAGAGGGGAGGGCUGUGAGUCGCCCAGCACGAGGUUGUCAACGAGGUCUGGACUUGGAUUUGGAUUUGGACCUCUUCAGGGCAAUGAUUCCAAUGCCUCGGAGACCAUCCAAGGUCCCUGCUCCCACUGGAGCACCCUGGAUGGAAAUGACAGUGUGCCUUAUUAUUAUUAUUAUUAUUUAUUUGGUGGUUCCGUGUAUGUAAGAAGCCAAAUGCAAAACCACAUAGCUCUUUUUACCUGACAUGGUGACAGCUCACGCGAGCUGGUUGGAUGGCCGGGUUUUGACUUCCAUCAACCACUAGAUAAACAGAUGCCUGUCCCCUGGAAAGUGGGAAUGAUUUUCUAUGGGUCCAGCCAAAAAAGGGUGUGACUGUUUGAGGGUCCGAGAAGCGACUUCCUGGUUCUCUUGCUCUGCCUGUGGUUAUCCCACCGCACAGAUUUAUCUCGAGUCCUAGAAGUAAGGAAAAUGUCCUUGAAUUGCUGUGUGUGAGGCUGUCCCCUCUCCAGCCGUGCUUUGGCAUUUAAAGAGAGGAAUUCAGAGAGUAUUUUCAACCUCUAGCAAUGUCUAAAAAUACAUCAGAGAAUGGCCACCCUAGUCGCUCCUUGUUGCUACUGUAACCAAUUACCUCAAACGUGGUGGCUUAAAACAACUUAGAUUUCUUAUCCAAAUUUCUGGAGACCAGAGGGGCAAAGUGGGUCCCACUGGGCUAAAAUCAAGGAGUCAGCGGAACUGCCUUCCUUCUGGAGGUUCAAGGAGAGAAUCGGUUUCCUUGCCUUUUCGAGCUUUUAGAGACUCUUUGGAGCUUUUAGAGACACUCCAGGCCUCCGAUGGCUGGUCACACAAUGUCACUCGUGCUGACACCGUCACACUGAGGCCCCUCCAUCUUUGCCUUCUAUGGACCUUUCACUUAUAAAGCCCUCCCACCCAGAUAAUCCAGGAAGAUCUCCCCAUCUCAAGAUCUGUAAUUUAAUUACACCUAAGGUAACAUAUCCUCAGGUUCUGGGGGAUUAGGACAUGGAUGUCUUUGGGAACCUAUGAUUUUGCCUAUAACACCGUCCUGCUGUGAGAGAAAGACCGUGAAACGACUCAGCCUACAGGUGUAUGUUUUGUUUGGCCUACAGAAUCUUUUUGAAGAAUUCGUUCCUAACACUUAAAAUCAUGCAAUUUUUUGCAUAAAAAUCCAGGUCAGGAGAUCUGGCCAUUGCUAGGGUUCACACUCACUUGACGGCAGCAGGUGGGGCUCCUGGAUUCCCCGGUUCGCCCCAGUCCUCACCACUCCCUCUUGCCUCCCUCACUGAUGCUGAGUGUGGCUACUGAUCACUGCCCCAGCCACCCCCCACCCUGGGGUGGUUGAUUUGUUCAUAAUGAAAUAGAAAGUUUGGACUCCUUAUGUGCCUCUUAUCACAGAAGAAGACGGGUGUCAAGGCUGGUGUGUUUCAGGAAAGUGUUUUCUCAUAUAUGGCCCGCGUCCCUCUUUUAUACUGAUGACCAGCCCAGCUCCAAGGAAAGGGAGUAUUUGCCUCUGUGGGCCUUGCUCUCAUCCACGAGGAGAGGGAUCGUGUUCCGGCUUGUCCGACACAGUCCAAAGGUCAAUGUUCCAGUGGCUAAACCUCCUUUAGAAAAUAAAUGUGCCGCAUGGUGUUCAGGGAAUUCACCUUGGAGACGCACUGCCCGGACUUGCUUGCCUGUGCUACUUUGCUUCCAAGAAAAGGAGUUUUGCAAUCUCCUAAAUGGUGUGUGUUCCAAGGCCUCUCGAACUCUUUCCAGAAGGAAGAGUUUGUUGUUUGGCUGACACCCUGGGUGCGGCCCCUGGCACCUUUCCCUUUUAAAAAGCGAGCUCCUGCCCAGUUACCCUCAGCCUCUUGACAUUGCCCCUUGCCCCACAAGGAGGGCUGGGGCUUCCUCCCUCCAACCGACUUUGGAAACGUGACCUUGGUCAAUGUUAGAGGACUGAUUUGUGUGCCUCUUCAGUGCUUAACUGGGAAUAAUUUAUUUCGUUGUAGAUACUUUUUAGGUACUAUUUUAUUCAUUUCCUACACUUUUUUAAAUAAACAAAUGUACAGGAAAGAAAAA